AUGCCGUUCAAGCCUUACUUAGAGCUGCGUGGAAGGAUAUCACAGGUAUGGCUAAAUCAGCACACCUUAAUAUUCACAUUAGCAGCUGUGAAGCUAGCAUUUUUCUCAGCAAGUCUCAAGCAAGCGAUCGAAAGGUCCAAGCAAAGCAUCUUGAGCAGCUGCGACUCUGCUGAUUACUUUUAUACACAGUUCGUGGGUGUGGCCCCCACUUACAUGUGUCAAUUUGGAAAUUAUCUAGUACAGCAGUCAAUAAAGGAAUCCAUCAAAACUAGUUUAGCAGCAGUAUCGCUGCUCGUAUAUGCUGGCGAGAAAUUAUCAACCUUUCUGUUUGACUUUUACUUUGGCACGUAUAUCUGUUUGGCUACGAGUGCGGUUGAUGGCGCAGUGAGCGUCGCGACUAAUACUACUGAAAAAGUACUGGACUUCGUCAAUGGUACAGUGGAGACUUUAGGUGAGGAUCUCAAUAGUGGCCUCAGUGACAUUUCGGAGGCCAUUAACAAAGUUGUAGGAGCUCUCAAUGACGUGGAAAGUUUUUUUAAAGGUAGUGACAGCACCGACAUUACGUCUCAAUUCAAGUCAGUAAACCUGACAAUUGAAAAAUUAAGAGACUUUCAGAUACCGUCAUCUAUUGAUUCAAAACUCGAGGCGCUCUCGAAUUCUACCCCGAAUUUUGACACUGUAAUUAAUAAAACGCAUUCCGAGAUCUCGAAGCCAUUUGAGUUGGUACGAUCAAAAAUCACGGCGCUUAAUGUGUCCAAAAUAAUGGUACAGAGCCAAGGCCUUUAUGUCCCUUCCAAUAGCUCGAAUAGUUCUUCGUUGGGACCAUGCGCUUCGAGCAAACCAGAUAUUGUCAAGUUUUAUGCGGGUUUAUCAAAUGCAAUUAGUGUAGCGCUCAUAGUAUUAGCUUUGGCGCUGGCUCUCGCUGCAAUCGCGGCAACAAUGCCUUCAUUAUGGGAAGAAAGCCGAAAGUGGAGAAAACUCAUUAAGCUUCAAAGAGACGUUAAUCAGGCAAAAAUAGACUACGCCUACCUCAAAAAUGGGCACUGCCCCGAUGCCAUUGAGAGUUACCAGAAGGUUUACGAGAGAUGGUCCACUGCAUUUGGAGCCUGGUUGGCGCCGCGAAUUUCUAACAGCGAGCAUGUUCAACAGAAAGUGCGCUGGUGUGUCGCCUACGCAAUGUCGCCCCGCGCCCUCACCAUUCUGGCAGUUUCGAUAACCGGAGUGGUGGUGUGCAUUUGCCAGUUUAUACUGAUCGCUGCAUUGCGACGAGCAGCAACGGGCGACGGCGUGCAGCAACUCACUUCUUCUUCCCUGAGCUACGCUAACGCUAGCCUCCAUAAUGACAUGUCCGUUUGGGCAACAUCUGCAAACCAGUACAUCAACUCCACCAGCAGCUCGCUUAACAGCGAGCUCUUCGGGUGGGUGAACACCACAACUACUGCAGUCAAUGCCACUGUCAAUUCUGCAAUCGAUGACAUCGACACCACCCUAGCUGAUUUUUUUAAUGGCACCUUACUCUAUAAGCCAAUGACUAGUGUAGUCCGUUGCACCAUUGAGAACAAACUGUACAAAAUCCAGAGCGCUAUGACCUGGUUGAACGAAAAGCUACAAAUAUCGCUGCCUCUCGUGGACCAAGCUACACUCUCCGCGACCCUUAAUCGCGAGCUAAGUACUCAAAACUCUGCAAGCUCCUCCAACGCCGCUUUGCAAGUUGGUCAGAAAAUAGUCCAGAACGCCCAAACGCUUAUUUUGGCAAUUCUCCAUCAGUACAGAACUGCGACCCUUUUCGAGCUUGGCGUCUCGCUCGUCUUAUUCGCGGUUUGGAUACUCCAGUGGCUUAUAGCCAUCACCUACUGUAUCAUGUUUACGUAA